CCGCCCCCUGCCGGAGCCCGGAUGAAGAGUAACGCCAUUACCGCCGGAGCCGCGGAGAGCACUGGCGGGCGGUGACUGGUUACCGGACCGGCCGCGCCAUGAGAGUCCUCUCCCGCCUGCUUCUGCUUCUCUUGCUUGUGUUUCCCGCCACCCUCUUGCUCCGAGGCGGCCCUGGAGGCUCAUUAGCUGAGGCUCAAGAUCUUACAGAAGAUGAAGAAACGGUAGAAGAUUCAAUAAUUGAAGAUGAAGAUGAUGAAGCAGAGGUGGAAGAAGAUGAACCCACAGAUUUGGCUGAAGAUAAAGAAGAAGAAGAUGUAUCUGGUGAACCUGAAGCUUCACCAAGUGCAGAUACAACAAUCUUGUUUGUGAAAGGAGAAGAUUUUCCAGCAAAUAACAUUGUGAAAUUCCUAGUAGGCUUUACAAACAAGGGUACAGAAGAUUUUAUCGUUGAGUCUUUAGAUGCCUCGUUCCGUUAUCCUCAGGACUACCAGUUUUAUAUCCAGAAUUUCACAGCUCUUCCUCUGAACACUGUAGUACCGCCCCAGAGACAGGCGACUUUUGAGUACUCCUUCAUUCCUGCAGAGCCCAUGGGUGGACGACCCUUUGGUCUAGUCAUCAAUCUAAACUACAAAGAUCUGAACGGCAAUGUAUUCCAAGAUGCUGUCUUCAAUCAAACAGUUACGAUUAUUGAAAGAGAGGAUGGAUUAGAUGGAGAAACAAUCUUUAUGUAUAUGUUCCUUGCUGGUCUUGGGCUGUUGGUGGUUGUUGGCCUUCAUCAACUCCUAGAAUCUAGAAAGCGCAAGAGACCCAUACAGAAGGUAGAAAUGGGUACAUCAAGUCAGAAUGAUGUUGACAUGAGUUGGAUUCCUCAGGAAACUUUGAAUCAGAUCAAUAAAGCUUCACCAAGAAGGUUGCCCAGGAAACGGGCACAGAAGAGAUCAGUGGGAUCUGAUGAACGCAGGAGGAGGGAGACACACUGAUGUUGUCAUCAGACCUCUCCCGAAGCUUCUGCCAUCUCAUGGUCUCCAGGGGCUGGGGCUACAGCUCCCCACAAGCCUGCUGCAAGGAAACCCCACCCCCCGGACGUGCGGUUCCUGGAGACCGGCCAUCCUCUCUGCACCAUUUUGCUAUUUGUGAAACCUAGGACAGCACCAGCCCUCUCAGCUGGAUCCUCCCCUGGCUCCCACGGAAAAGCCACCACUGGGAAUGGCUGUGCGACCAGGGCUUUGUGGCUUUUGAAUAACGGCUGUCGUGCGUUGUUUCUGGGUGGACGUGUCCUAGUCCAUCAGGCCUCCCCUGCCAGCAGGUAGGAUGGGGAUGUGGGGACCCGCCAACAGCAAGGACCGAGUGAACUGUAUGCCCCAAGCAGUAGAUUCAUUCCGUUCAGCUUGCUCUUACCCCAUUACGUAGAUGGUGGCAAAGGUCGGGAGACAGGCGGCUCUGGGUGAAGGGACUUGGUUGCAACACACACCUUAGCAGCUUCCAGGUUCAUCUUAGGGACAUGUUCCGAGAUGAGCUGGGCCGAGAGGGGCCUCAGAAGGAGUUGGGCAACCGUGGCACUCGCAGGGCCUCGGGAGCAGGAAGAGCUGAAUAAUGCUCCCCGUGAUGGCAAGUGAGCAGGCCUUUUCCAUGAGUGGGGUCCUUCCUCCGUCUCUGAGGCCUGGCUUCUGUGUGCUGGUGCUCAUAAUAGGCUCCCCAGGGCCCUUUCAUUAUGCUGACAUGAAUUAAGUUGAAUUGCAUUGAGUUGAAUUGGACUGAAAUAAAUUGAAUUGAAAGGCGUACAAACAAGUAUGAAUCUCUCGCUGAGUGCCAGGCCCCAGGGAAUCACCAGAAUCGUAAUACAGUCCCGUCCACACCCACUGGGCCUUAUAAGGACACUACCUCAGACUUGCAGCAGGAACACGUUUGGGGGGCGGGGGAGGAGGAGAAGGGGCAGGGAGGGCGGUGGGGGAGGCUUCGAGAGGAGACGUUCUUUGAGCUGAGCCUUCAAGUGCAGAGUGGGGACUCUGGAGAGUAGGGAAAGGCAAGAAGGACAUUACAGACCAGGCAGGUAGCAGGAACAAAGCAACUUGUGUGUGAGGAACAGGGGGAGGUGGCGAUGAAGCCAGUGACCAUGAUCCAGCCAAGAGAUGACACAGAGUCACACAGAGAAAGUGCGGCUCAGAUGUGGCCGGGGAUCCUCGUGCAUCCCAACCACCUAGAACAUUCCGCACACCUAAAGUGGAGUUCCCAGGGGGCUGGCCCAGGAAUCUGCAUUUUUUAAAUCACCUCUACAAGUGAAUUCAGAGUUGGAGACUGGCCAUCAGGGGGUGGAGGGGAGCCUCUGCCAGGUGAUCAAGUCCUGUGUCAAGUGAGUGAUCGGCACAUUUCGUGCAAGUCAGAACCCCCGGAGUGCCCAUUAGCACACAGAACUGCUGGCCUCAGCCUCAGAUCCUGAGUCAGCAGGUCUGGAGUGGGGGCCUGGGUAUUCUCCUCGUGGAUAUGCUGCCAGGGGGUGAUGGGGAUGCCACUAGGCAGCCAAUCUGAGGAAACACCCCUCUGGGAACCCAGCCGGACUGAAGGAAGCCCAUGGACCCUUCUGCGGCUCUCAGGACUCAAGACAGUCAUAUUGGGACCACUCACAUUUGCCCAUCCUCGGUUUCCAGCCGUCUGUGACACAAGUGUGGUGCUUGGGCAUGUGACAUACCCAGUACUCACUGAUCCCAGGGUGGGUGAGCCUGGGCCGAGCAGCCCAGCAGACCCAGCUGGGGCAUCCUGGGGUCUGGUGCUCAAGGCCAUGCUGUCCCCCAGGCUGGCCCUGCAGAGGCGCACGGCAUUCCUAGGGAUCCAUGGGAUACCUAGUUUCCUGCAACCGGAAGUGGUUCAAUUUCUCUAAGGUCACAGGUGAAAUCCCCAGGUGUCCCUUGGAAGGGCUGUCAAGAGCAACUAGGGAAGAGCAACGUCCCAUUAUAGAUGCCAAAUGCCUUAUUCAAGGCCACACAGCUCAGGUUACCAGGGUGGGAGAGAGGACAGGGGAAACCCUCUUCUCCUUAUUACCUCGCCGUCCCCCACAGGGCUUCUGCCACCUAAAUGCGCAUGCAGGCCAUCAGCAUACAUUUUACAGCUGAGGCACCCAGAGUUGAAAACCUUAUUUAAAUGAACAAAUGUUGGGGCGUUUGGGUGGCUCAGUCGGUUAAGCGUCCAACUUCAGCUCAGGUCGUGGUCUCGUGGUUUGUGAGUUUGAGCCCCGCAUCAGGCCCUGCGCUGACAGCUCAGAGCCUGGAGCCUGUGUCUCCCUCUGUCUCCACCCCUCCCCUGCUCACACUCUGUCUCUCCCUCUCUCUCAAAAAUAAACAUCAAAAAAAACUUUUUAAUGAACAAAUGUUCCUACCUACCCCAAAGAGAAGUCAAGUCACAGACGUCUAGUCCUAGGCCAGGGGAAUCUCUUGCUUUUCCAAACAAAAGCAAAAACCAAACAGCACUUUCUUAUUUGUCUGAAUUCUACAAAGAUGUUUAAUGAGAUGUGGGGGGAAGGCGAGCGUCAUGAAUGCAGACCCAGCUUGGCAUGGCAGGUGUCCAGCAGGGACACGUCUGUGCGACCCAUGACUCACGGGGCACUGUCUCUGGAACCUGGUCCUGUGUUCACCUGCGGUGAAUAGCAAGAUAACUAUGGUCAUAGUAAUGCUAGGACUAGUCCCUACCAUCUCUCCAGAACUUACCAUGUGCCUGACCCUCUUGCUACGUGCCUGGCAAGCAGGAGCUCCUGGACGCCAUUUUGUUCCUUCUCCUUCAACCCUAUAAUCACUCACGUGUGCGUGGUGUCAGGUACACGCAGAAGAUCGACCCAGGGCACCAUAUGGGUCUGCCCAUAAGCUGGGCGGCCUAAAUGACGGAAAUGUGGUUCCUCACAUUCCUGGGGGCUGGAAUUCCAAGAUCAAGUGCUAUCUCCUGAGGCUUCUGUCCUUGGCUUGCAGAUGUCCAUCUUCUCCCUGGGUCCUCACGUGGCCUUUCCUCCAUGCACAUGUAUUCUUGGAGUCCACAUGUCCAAAUACCCUCUUCUUAUAAGGCCACCAGUCAGAUUGGAUGAGGACCCACCCUAAUGGCCUCAUUUUGCUUCAGUUACCUCUCCCAAGGUCCCCUCUUCAAAUACAGUCACAGUCUGAGUACUAGGGAUUGAGUUUGGGAGGGGGUACACUUGGGUGUGUGAAUUCAGCUCAUAACAGGCCAGGCAGUAUUUCCUUUACCAUAAUCUUGAAUAUAUAGGUGUUUAAGGGCUUUGAAAAAUUAAGAAGUACUAUCUCUCAAGCUUACACUGCCCUUCCUUACCUCACAACCCAGUUUAUUUUACCUUCAGGUAUAUGUGUAAUAUUUGCAGCCUCCAAACUCUUGAAAACGUGUGAAGCCCCUUCCAUCCUUAGAAUUUUGAGCAGCUUCUUGGUAAGCCUGUCUCUAGUAUCAUUAAAAACCGAAUUCUGGGCCCAGAGUCUCUCGGCUGUCCCCACCAUGAUGGUGUGAUAGAAUGUGGAGGAUCUUGUCUAACAACCCCGGGACACAAGAGACCCAUGACUCUCGUUGGCAAAUGUUCCUUGCACAGCCGCUGGGCCUCAGGGAUCUGUUGCCUCCCACGGACAGUCCAGGCGUGGGAAGAAGGGCUCACACCAGCUCAUGGAGAGGUGAAGGGGUGUUCAGCAGAGCCCGUGACCCUUCCUAGGGCUUGGGGGGGCAUCACCAAAAACACCAACAGAGGAACUGCACCAUCAGAAAUGACCCCGCUCCCCAACACAGGGUCCCUGCUCCCUCUUAGAAAAUGAAAAACCUAGGGGCGCCUAGGUGGCUUAGUCGGUUGAGCAUCCAACUCCUGAUUUCAGCUUGGGUCCUGAUCACGGUCAUGAGAUGGAGCCCUGUGUUGGGCCCUGCACUGAGCAUGGAGCCUCUCUUUCUCUCUCUUUCCACUCCCCUCUGCCCCUUCCCUUGCUCAUGCUCUCUCUCUCUCUCUCAAAUAAAAUUCAAAAAUAACUUAUCAGAGAAUGAAAAAGUCCAGGACUCCCGUGUGGCUCAGUUGGUUAGACUAUUGAUUUCGGCUCAGGUCAUGAUCUCAUCAUUCACGAGUUCGAGCCCCACAUCGGGCUCUGUGCUGACAAUGCAGAGCCUGCUUGGGAUUCACUCUCCUUCUCUCUCUUUGCCCCUCCCCUGCUGCGCUCUCUAUCUCGCUCAAAAUAAAUAAAUAAACAUUUAAAAAAUGUAAAUGAAAAACCGUAAAGUGAAUAGGUAAUAGAGAAUUUUCUGCAACAUGUAGAAGCACUUAGGUCAAUUUAUGGGGACUAUGAAUCCUUUUCUCCAGAAUCAGAAGUGAAAGUAAGGCUUUUCUUUUCCCAUCUCUUCGUUGUCCCCCUAUAAUCCCUGAUACAGAAGACUGAGGUUCUAUCACCAUGAAGGCCUUAAGUACUCACAGAGGCCUGGGCAGUAUCAUUUUAGGGGGCUUGUACUUAUUGGAAGUUCUGUAUGCACCUUACAUUCUGGGAAACAGGCAUUUCAUACCCAUUGUUGAGAUAAGACAUGAAGGUUCAGAGGACCCAAAUCAAGUGCAGGUACGAGGCUUGGAUUUGAACCUAGGGCUGUUCGGCUCCCAAUCCCAUAAGCUUUGCGCUGUGUCUCCCUGCAGGAUGCCGGGAGAUGGGUAGGUCCCAGCCUUCUGCACAGUGGAAAGCUUCAGGGAGCUUUUAAGAUUCUCAGUGUUUCCCCGACCCCAGAGACUGAUUAAACUGGCCUGGGGUGGGCGCCCGGUCACCCAGGAUGUAAACAGUCCCCAGGGCAUUCUAAAGAGCAGCCAAGGCAGAGAACAACUGCCUUCCAAGGAAAGCACUUGGGAAGGCCAAAGCUACAAAAUGUGCAGUCGAGAGGUGAGUGGGAAGUCAUUAACUGAAAACUUGCAUGUCAACUUGGCUUGGGCUAAAGUCCUGCCACUCACUGGUCUGCGUUAGAGGUGAGGCCACACCUCACGUCCCCACCUACCACCCAGACCACACAGCCCAAGACUGCGAAUCAGGGCUUUGUUUCCGCUAUGAAAACAGACAUGGACUAGCUAAAAUGUGCAGGGUGCGUUUUGGAGGGGGCACAAAAAAGAAUAAUCGCCCCUGCCCUGCUCUUUCAUGCUGAGGAGAUACAGGUCAGCUUAAAAAAGCGAAAAAAAGGGGGCGUGGGUGGAGGGAGAAGGACAAAUAUAUUCCAUUAUGUGAUGAAAACCAAGUGAAUGAUCUUCGAAGAAGAGCUGAGUAGUCUGGGAGGGCCUCCAGGAGGGGGUGAGACUGAGGAGCAGAACUGUCAGGGGAUGCAGUCGUUUGAGGGAGUGCUGGAGCAGGAGACCGCGGGUGGGUUGGCCAGGUUUGGGAAGUAACAUUCCGGCGUCCUUUUCCAAGCCCACACAGGGCCGUUGGAGGUGUUGGGUCAGAAAGUCACUUGAGGAAGAUUCACUGGCUGUGUACCAGCUUCACUUUGUCCUGGUGUCCCCUUCUCAGGGUCCUCCACAGCCACGCGCUGGGCCUCAGUGACAGGUGGGGCCUGGGAAGGAGAAGACAGGUGUUGCCUUGAAGGAACAGGUGGUUCUAAGCCCCCGUCUGAAUCCCACUCUCCCCCAUAAAGGCUGCAGUGUGAAGCGGGUUAACCUUUUCCCAGCCAGCACGCUGUGAAGAGUGUAGUGGUUUCUCUGCCCCGGGGCUAACCUGGUACUUGAACCCUCCCUCCUUUUUCUACCUGAGGGAAGGACUGGGGGGGGGGGGGGUGGUGGUGGUGGGCACACCAGCUCUCACAACUGGCACUGAGGGGGCCAGAGCUGGCCGGCCUCUGCUUCCUAAGUCCUGUCUUUGGUGCCUUCCUCACAGGGCAGCUCCAGCCUGACACCUUCAGCUCUGCUGCCCUCCCCUCCCUUCCUCUCCCUGCGGGGUAGACCCUCCCCAGGCAGCUGGCUUUCUCAGGGUGACUCUCCCUUCUCCGGGAACAUCCAAAUACCCAGGACCUAGCCCUGUUCUGGGGCUGAUCCAGGGUCAACCCCUGACCCCACCAGGCCGAUCAGAUAAGCUUGCCUGGGAAUUCAAGAGGUGGCAGGGAGGGACCCAGUGUCCCCAGGGGAGCCCUGCAGGUGGGAAGACCUGGACCCCGUGGACUUAAGUCAGCCUGCUGUUCUGCUUUUGAAAGAGACUAAGCUGCUCCCCCUCGCCCUUCCCUCCAGCCUUCCUGUUCUGCCAGCACAUCUCUCCCUUUGGGGUCACCUGCCUCCUGGCCUUGCCUGUCCCCCAGACUCAGCCCUUAGUCCCUCCCCACCCUCCCAGCCCUGGGUGAAUGCAGUCAGUGGCUUUGGUCACCAGCCUGAGGGCCCCCAUUCCUGGACACUCUAAGAUGGAUAGAGGGCUGUGAGACCUGUCUCUAACGGAGCCACGUUUUGUGUCACAAAGCGAAGCAGCAUGCUCAGUGUUCACUGGAGUCCCUGUCACUCAGUCCCCCCAAGGCCGCACUGUCCCCGGCUCCCGCACCACCCCUGCCCUCCACCUGGCUCUUUGAGACGGUCUCCGGCUUCGUGGAAACAAGGAUGCCUUCCAAGGGGGAUUUCUCAACUUUCCCCUCUCCCUGGUGGGGUUGCAGAUCUGCGUUUUCCUCUCCCCCUAGGUCCCCAUCUGUUCUUCAGAGCUUGGUCACCCGCCCUUUGUCCCUCCUCCUCCUGGGCUUUGGUCAACCACCAGGGAAUUUCUUGCCUUAUCAGUGAACGCUACCCAUCCCCCCACUCCCCACAAACACAUAACUUUUUUCCUUUAUCCUUAAGUCUUCCCAGGACCCAGAAAUCCCCUCUGGUGACAGUUUUAUCUCACCCCUUCGCCUCUUUGCAAAGGCUCUGUCUUCACACCUUCAUCUCCACUGUGUGUCAUUCCUUCCCUGGGGCUUCCACCCACCACCCCCCUCCUGCAGCGUGACCCCAUCCUCCUCUUCCAGGACUGGGCAUGUUCCCCCUCCCUCCCUUUUUUUUAGACAGUGAUGUUCUCACCCCUGCUUCUCUGAGCUCCUCUGGUGUCCUCUGUCUUUCUGGGUCUCUCUCCCUCUCUUUCUUCCCUUCCUUAGCUGUACCCUCAGCCCAGACACCCUGACUUGGAUCCCCCUCAAGCUCUCUGCCUCCCCCUGGUGGCAGCCCCGAGUUCUCCUCUGGGGAACUUUCUGUCUCCAGGCAGUUUAGGGGUAUCUGACCUGGGAGGGCUCCAAGAAUGUGAUGUGACCCACCAUGAGCCUGAAGCUCUGACCAGGCAACAAGAAGAAAUCCUGGGGCCCUGGGGCAUCUGGGUGGCUCAGUUAAGCAUGCAACUACAGCUCAGGUCAUGAUCUCACAGCUCAUGGGUUCGAGCCCCACAUCGGGCUCUGUCCUGACAGCUCAGAGCCUGGAGCCUGCUUUUGGGUUUGGUGUCUCCCUCUCUCUCUGCCCCUCCCCCACUUGUUCUCUCUCUCUCUCUCUCUCUCUC